AUGGCCUCACUUGCAUUGAAAAGUGUAGUAAGAGGGGUGAUGGCCCGUGGUACUCGCCAGAUCGCCACUUCUACCACUUUAUCUGGUAAUCAUGACGAUGUCAUGGAGAAGUGGCCUGCUGAGAAGUUCGACAAGCACUUCAUUGAUUAUCUCAAUCGUCCAGAAAUCGACGGAUGGGAGGUCAGAAAGGCUCUCACCGAACUUCAUGAUUAUGACGUUAUCCCCGACCCUAAAGUCGUCGAAGCUGGACUCCGUGCCUGCCGUCGUGUUAACGAUUACUCUCUCUGUGUCCGAUUCCUUGAGGCCCUCAAGAUCAAGUGCGGUACCCAAAAGAACAGAGAUUUAGUUUACACUUACAUCAUCAAGGAGAUCCGUCCUGUUCUCGAAGAGUUGGGAAUUUCCACUCCAGAAGAUCUUGGAUACGAUCAACCUGAACUUUUCAUUCCUCAACCCGAAUACUGGUGGGAGAAGAAAUGGUACGCUCAGUACGGAUUUGACAAGAAGCCCGGAUUUCAAUUCUAA